CUCAAGUACAAUUAUUCAGCAGUAUCAACGUCGACAAUUAAUCCAACGACAAACCUACAGGAGAGCUGGCUACCACGCCACAAUCACAUUGUCGGAUGGAGUUCCACGAGCAAGGCUAAUCCGACAAGGCUCUUGCGAUCUGCCGCGCUCUUAACAGUCGCAUGAACAUCAGUGAACCCGCCUUUACGAGCAGUCAGCAUCAGCAGAAGACGCCCCGGAUCUCGAGGCUGGUCUGCGAAAGAUAUCAACUAGGACGGACAAUCAUUUGGGCAAACACAGCAGCAUCAUUUCGGCCAGGAGGGAGUAACAAUAACCAACAUCAUGGCCUCGUCGGGAGGAGGGUUUCUGAGCCGCGGCUCUUCAGGAAACAAUGCGAACAUGCGUGGACUGGUCCAAUUUAUCGCAGAUUUGAGGAAUGCGAGAGCAAGAGAACUAGAGGAGAAGAGGAUCAACAAGGAAUUGGCGAACAUAAGACAGAAAUUCAAAGAUGGCAACCUUAGUGGCUAUCACAAGAAGAAAUAUGUCUGCAAGCUUCUCUACAUCUACAUACUUGGAUGGAACGUCGAUUUUGGACAUUUAGAAGCUGUCAAUCUCAUUUCCGCGAACAAAUACUCCGAGAAACAAAUUGGCUACCUUGCUAUGACCCUUUUCCUCCACGAGCAGCAUGAACUGUUACAUUUGGUUGUUAAUAGUAUAAGAAAAGACUUGACGGACCACAAUGAAUUAUUCAAUUGCUUGGCACUACAUGCGAUUGCCAACGUGGGUGGUAGAGAGAUGGGUGAAGCACUGAGUGGAGAAGUGCACCGACUGCUGAUAUCUCCGACUUCAAAGGCAUUUGUCAAGAAGAAAGCUGCUCUGACAUUGUUGCGAUUGUAUCGGAAACACCCAGAUAUCGUCCAGCCGCAAUGGGCAGAACGUAUUAUAUCGUUGAUGGACGAUGCCGACAUGGGCGUAGCUCUUUCAGUGACUUCCUUGGUGAUGGCGUUGGCGCAGGAUCAACCAGAUCAAUACAAAGGCAGUUAUGUGAAAGCUGCAUCACGAAUGAAGAGAAUAUUGGUGGAUGGGGAAUACGCGCAAGACUAUCUCUACUACAAAGUUCCAUGUCCUUGGAUACAGGUGAAGUUGUUGAGAUUGCUGCAAUAUUAUCCUCCGUCAGACGACCUACAUGUUCGAGAAUUGAUUCGAGAAUCACUCCAAAAGAUCCUCAAUCUCGCUCUCGAGAUGCCCAAAAACGUCCAGCAAAACAACGCACAAAACGCUGUCUUGUUCGAAGCCAUCAACUUAAUCAUCCAUCUCGACACGGAGCAGGCGCUGAUGAAGCAGAUAUCGCACAGAUUGGGCAAGUUCAUUCAGUCGAGGGAGACUAAUGUGCGAUACCUUGGCUUGGAAGCAAUGACACAUCUUGCAGCACGAGCAGAAACACUCGACCCAAUCAAGCAACACCAGACCAUCAUCAUUGGCUCGUUAAAAGACAGGGAUAUCAGUGUUCGGCGAAAGGGUCUUGACCUGCUAUACAGCAUGUGUGACCAGACGAAUGCCCAACCUAUCGUUGGCGAAUUGUUACAAUAUCUCCAAAACGCCGAUUUUGCGAUACGAGAGGAGAUGGUACUGAAGAUUGCCAUCUUGACAGAAAAAUAUGCGACCGACAUCCAGUGGUAUGUGGAUAUCUCGCUGCGACUCAUUGCAAUGGCAGGAGACCACGUCAGCGAUGAAGUAUGGCACCGAGUCAUUCAGAUUGUGACGAAUAACGAAGAGUUGCAAGUCUAUGCGGCUCAAAAUAUCCUGCAAUAUGUCAAGGCAGACCAUUGUCACGAGACAUUAGUAAAGAUUGGUGGAUACAUCCUUGGCGAGUUUGGCCAUCUAAUCGCAGAAGACAAAGGGUGCAGUCCCAUUGAGCAGUUCUUGGCGCUCCAAGGCAAACUUCAAGGCUGUUCCUCUGGAACGAGAGCGAUCAUCCUCUCAUGUUUCAUUAAAUUCGUCAACCUCUUCCCGGAGAUCAAAAGUCGACUCAUGUUUGUAUUCCGAGCAUACAGUCAUACUCUGGACUCGGAGCUUCAGCAAAGAGCAUGCGAGUAUCUUGCACUUGCAAGUUUGCCUACCGAUGAUUUGCUUCGGACUGUCUGCGACGAAAUGCCUCCUUUCCCCGAGCGCCAAUCAGCUUUGCUAUCAAGGCUGCACCAAAAGCAUGCCAACACGAGUGACAAACGAACCUGGGUCGUGGGUGGCAAGGAUGCAAAUGCUAACGAGAAAGACUUCAGUCUAGCGAAAAAUCCAGGAUUGAAACGUGCUUUCAGCAAUGCAAAUGGUACUACCACCAAUGGCUCCAAUGGUACCGUACAUGGUACCGCCACGAACGGUACGAAUGGCCAUGCGAAGGUUGCCAACGAUCUAGAUGGACUGGAUAUGACAGAUGCAGGUCCUUCAGAGCCCAAGACAUUGAAGGCACCAAAUUUGGCUAGUGCUGCACAUCUGUCGCCGGGUUGGGAAGUCGGCUUCAAUCGACUCAUGCUCAAGGGUGAGGGUAUACUCUAUGAAGAUGGUCAGAUUCAAGUCGGAGUGCGAUCCGAGUACAGAGGGCAAGCAGCUUGUGUUGUCCUCUACACAUCGAAUAAAGCUCCUGCUACCAUCACCUCUUUUACCACGACAAUGGAUUUAGACCCAGCAGAGAAGGACAACCUGAGCUAUGAAGUGAGGGACUUACCAGACAGCUCAAUUGAUCCAGGCGCUCAAGCGCAGCAAAUGAUCAUGUUCGAGGCGAAGAAAGUCUUUGACAAAAGUCCAACGAUGAGAAUCAGCUAUCUUGCUGGGGCCUUGCAAGCGGUCACAAUUAAAUUGCCAGUCAUGAUCCACAAGUUUAUGGAUCCUGCUGAGUUGUCUGCGGAUGAUUUUUUCAAACGUUGGAAGCAGAUUGGCGGUGCGCCACGUGAAGCUCAGCGCAUCUUUGGUGUAAAGGGUGGGAAGGGAGGAGAUUACGAGUUCAACGAUUCUUUUAUCAGAAAGACGGUGGAGGGUUUCAGAUGGGGAAUCCUUGAUGGCGUCGACCCAAACAAAAAGAACUUUGUCGGCGCCAGCGUGUUACAUACGAGCGAAGGUGGCAAAUUCGGGUGCCUGUUGAGAUUAGAGCCCAAUUAUACGACACAGAUGAUACGUCUGACUCUUCGAGCAACAGACGAAAGUGUGCCGCCGGUCUUGAUCAAAAUGAUGGAGGACCGUCUGGCUGUCGGUGUAUCGACACUGCCAGAGGUAUUCGAAGCUCCGACCAGGAGGGAUAUUUCAGAUGCAUUUUCGAAUGUUUUAGUGACAUAAUUGAUAAGGGGUAAUUUUUCUGCUGCUGACAGGGCAUUUGGGAAGCGUCGUUGGUACAUAGC